AUGUCUGACACAUCAUUAGCUCACAGGUCUGCUACAGCAUUACGAAGCAUUUGCCGCAGCACAAGUCUGCCGCAGCACAAGUCAGCCGCAGCACAAUUCUGCCGCAGCACACGUCUGCCGCAGCACAAGUCAGCCGCAGCACAAGUCAGCUGCAGCACAAUUCUGCCGCUGCACACGUCUGCCGCAGCACAAGUCUGCCGCUACACAAGUCUGCCACAGCACAAGUCUGCCGCAGCUCAAGUCUGCCGCAAACAAGUCUCCCGCAGAACAAGUCUGCCGCAGAAUAACUCUGGUGCAGCACAACUUCCCAUUGUGGCUUCUUCUAUGGUGUCUCUGUACUUCCUGGAGCUGACAGACAUGGUGCAGCCGGCACAGGUCGGUUUUCGCUGCCACGACAGGGAGCUCAGCAUGCCGUACGUGGACGGCGGCGAAGAGCUGAUCCCACUGCUGAUGCUGCUGAGCCUCGCCUUCGCCGGCCCGGCUGCCUCGAUCAUGCUGGUUGAAGGUCUGAUCUACUGCCUGCAGUCCAGACUGAAGCUCCGCAGACCUGAAGGAAGCAUCAACGCCGGAGGCUGCAACUUCAACUCCUUCCUGAGGAGGACGGUGCGCUUCGUAGGUGUGCACGUCUUCGGUCUGUGUGCGACGGCGUUGCUCACUGACAUCAUCCAGCUGUCGACGGGUUACCACGCUCCGUUCUUCCUCACCGUCUGUAAACCGAACUACACGCUCGCCGGCGUCUCCUGCAACACCAACGCUUACAUCACCAAAGACAUCUGCUCGGGUCAUGACCAGCACGCCAUCAUGGCAGCCAGAAAAACGUUCCCUUCCCAGCAUGCAACGCUGUCUGCCUUCGCCGCUGUUUAUGUAUCUAUGUACUUUAACUCGACCAUUUCCGACAGCACCAAGCUGCUCAAACCUGUCCUCGUCUUCGCCUUCGCCAUCGCGGCGGCGCUGACGGGUCUGACUCAGAUCACGCAGCACCGCAGCCACCCCAUCGACGUGUACGUGGGCUUCCUCAUCGGAGCCUUCAUCGCCGCCUACUUGGCUCUUCACGCUGUGGCCAACUUCAAGUCCUCUGAUGACAUCACUCCGGCCCCGCCUCCCCCGCCACCAAAGGAGGACCCUCUGCGAGCACUGACCGAGCGGGGACACGAGUCAGUCUACAACAAGGGUCCCGCCUCCGCCUCGGAGAGCAAUGAUGAGAUUGCACCAGCUCCGGCCCCCAUGGACCGGCUGGAGGGCCUGGGGCCCCUGCAGCGGGAGAAGAGCUCCAUAGGGAGCCUGAAGAGGGCGAGCGUGGAUGUGGAGCUGCUGGCGCCGCGCAGCCCGAUGGGCAAGGAGACCAUGCUGACCUUCAGCAACACGCUGCCCAGGGCCAGCAUGAACAUAAACGGGGUGCUGGGGGCCAACCCAGGGCCCGAGGACCCGGUGCAGCCCGUGCAGCCGGUGCAGCCCAUGCAGCGGCGGCUGAAGGCGGUGCAGGUGCCUGUGGACCCGAUGCGCUCGCAGCAGCUGGUGUCGGAGUGGAAGCAGAAGUCGAUGGAGAUGCGGGGCUUGAGCGUGCGGGACGAGGCGGAUCAAGACGCCAGCGAGGAUGGCUCCGAGGUGGGCUCCAUGGGGACGGAUGAGGGGGGGUCUCAGGCCCCUCUCUUCCAGCCCGUGGUGCAGUCUGCAAGGGCGUCAUCCAGUCGUAACCCCACUCCACCUCCAGGGUGCGCCAAAGCUGUGGCGACUCCCAGACCGCCACAGAUGCCCGAAGCCGGGCCUCCGCCGGUGUCCCCGAAGAGUGCGCUGACCCGCGCUAAGUGGCUUGCCAUCCGAGAGAAGACAACUGGGGAAGGGUCGGGCCGCAGCACCACCAACCAGCCACGACUCAUGCAGGUUAUUGCCAUGUCGAAGCAGCAGGGGCUCCUCCCCUCCUCCUCCUCAGCUGAGAGGUCCUCUGAGACCACCUCCACCUGCUCCGGCACCUCCUCUACCACCAACUCCCCACACUACCACCCCUCUGAGCCACAGCGGGAGGUGCCCGGCAUAAUCACCGUGGACGCCCACGCCCCCCACCAUCCUGUCGUCCAAGACCCGCCUCAUCCUCAAGCCCCACCCCUAGUAGGUAACAGUAACCCCUGGGAGUGGGCGGGCGCGUCCAGUGGUGGCGACCCGCGAGACACCUAUGACCUCAACAGCCUGACCCGCGGAGACUCCGCCGCCCGUGGCAGCAGCUUCCGGCCGCAUCGAUCUGCCUCGCCGUGCACCGCGGUCGACCACAACCCAGCCCCACCCCCUCAGCACCUGCAGGCAGAGCUGUCGGCAGACGCUCAGCGCAGGGAGAUGGCCAUGAGACGCAAGACGGCGCUGGUUCUAUUGGAUCGAGAGAUCCGAAACCAGACUGAACAGGAGAACUAUUACAAGAGUCUGCAGGGACGCAGGUUCAAGGACUAACCCCGACCCUUCAAAAUAAAAGCCUUAUUCUCAAACUGCUCUCUGACAGCACAAACCUGGACGGCUCCGAGGACCAAGUCACUAUGCACCCACUGGACUUCCUGUGAGGGAGGUCCUGAUGCUCGGUGGCUCCACACUAAAGACCGCCGUCGACUGACGAUAAACAUAAUAAACAAUCAUAAAAACAACAAUAAACAACAAUAAAAAACAAAAAUAAACAACAAUAAACACAAAACAAGACGUCACCAACUGCAAUAAAUAACACUACCAUGGCAACCAUCACUUGUGGUUAGAAGUGACGGUUGCCACAGUAACUCGGGACCUGGGACACUGAGAGGCAACACCUAUAAAAGCUCGAGUUUUCAGGAGUGAAUUCCCCAUCGAGUCCCUGAUCCAAGUCAUUUCAUACCGAGUGUCUGCCAUCUGUUUCUCUAAAGAAUCUAGCUGCUCGCCACCGCGUCUCUAAAGUCACUCCGAUCUGCCUACGUGAGUCCUCGUCCUCUGAAAACUCUGCAACACAAAAAAACGAGGUGUUGAUCAUCUACACUGCUCCUGAAGAAACGCUGCUUUUAUCUGAAAUACACCAAAAUAUUUUGUGACUGUCGUCGUCUUCGACCAGCUUCCUGUUACUCAAUUUUAGUCAUGACGAGUUUUUGCCCAUUUUUGUUUCAGGUUGUCGAAUUCGGGCACUUUUUCUUUAAGACGUCUGUCCUUCAGCAGAGGGAUCUCUCCUCAGUCACUCCUCCUGAGGUGUCAGCAGGGUUUUCCCUGUUAAAGGGGGUCUGAGCACAGACUGAUGGUGCCUGCUGUACAGUGCUCUGAGGCUGACUGUAUUUUAGAUCAAACUGAAAUUGAAUUGAAACAAUUGUUCCUCUCUCUGGGACUGUAUGAUUGGCAUACGCUGAUCUCUGGCUCACCUGUAGAGCUCUUUGGGUAUAAAAAUUAAAAACGUCGGCUCACCUUUCUCACGCUCGUUGACAUGUCAUACCAGCACUGACGUCACCCUCAUCGAGCAAACCCGCCAACGCGUGACGCUCAGAGUAACUGAUGGAGUCUAAAGACAAACUGUCGGACCAACAGUCCGUCACCCCGGAGGUGUUGUACCUGAUGACCUGGGCUGAGGACGUGCUGAUCCGACGGUCAGUUUAUCUAAUGGCCACAGGGGGCGCCGCUGUGUUUUUGCCGCCGUCAGAACGAAUGGUUCGGCCCGAUUGGGCCUGGUUCAGCACGUUUCCUUUGUCCUCGUACAUAACGACGUGCAGAAUGAACAGCCGCAGUGUGCGAUAACUCACCUUGGGUCCCGAGUCGACCUGAACAUCCUCAGUGGCGAGUCGAGCGUCCGUGGUGUCGAGCCACCGAGCAGUAAGCUGGAGUUUCCAUGGUAACUCCCUCUGUGAACAACCUGUGGUCAAAGAGCACAGAGAUGAUUCAAAGACUCAUUCUGAAGCACAAACAUGCAACAAACAUCGAAACCUGCAGUGGCGCUCCCAUGAUGAGAUCCUCCUGAUCUGUCACCGGCCCAGCAGCCUGGCUACCACUUCCUGUUUCCUGCAGAGACCUGAUUGGCUGGCGGACUGUUGGAGGUCUCACACUGAUUGUAUAUUACCUGGACGAGUGUGUUGUUGCCUUUCUGUUGUGAUGGCUUGGUUGCUAUAGUGAUUCUCAGCAUGUUUGUUAGUUUGUGUGCUGCUCUCUGAUUGGUCGAGUGUUGUUUGUGCGUGCGUGUGUGUGUGUGUGUGUGUGUGUGUGUGUGUGUGUGACUUUAAAAGUGUGUAUUACAGAUGGACCGAAAUGAGAUUAAAUAUUUAUAGAUGCUUACAUCCACAAUUUAAAGAUACACUCACUGAUUUGGUUUCAGUGUCUUUGAUGAUCAAAUAUAUUUAAUUUAUGAAAGAAUUCUUUCGAUUUUUUUCAUAAUUAGUAACAAAGAAAAUUAGGAUAAAUGUUUCAACUAAAAAACUACAACUAAAAGAAUCAUUAUUUAAAGGACCAUUAAGUAUUGGGGUCACGAUUUGGGGGAAAAAAGGAUUUUUUUCAAAGUAAAAUUGCAAUGCUGCGAGCGAGAGCAGUAAAAUCACAGAAUGUGUUCAUUUUCUGUUGUAAUGAACAAAACGGAUGAUUUGUCUUUAGCACGGAAACCCAGCAGCAGCUGUGAGAGACUCGACGUGUCCUCUGAGCUGGUGAAGACGCUGAUUCUGGAUCAGUGAGUGAAACAUCGAUGAGGCGACUCUGAGUCUGUCUCUGCUGUUUAUGUGUCUGUGUGUCGUUGCAUGUGUCGACGUUUGAUUUCAAAUCAGACGCCGGUCGUGAUCAUCGCGGAGACAGAGCUUUUCAAUCCUGAAGAGACUUUUCCAUCUGAAUGUAAAAAGACGAAGCUUCAUUUAUCUUCAAUCUGUACAUGCAAAAAGAAAAAACUGCUGCUAUAAAAAAAGUUUAAUCUGUGAACAUAAGAGCGGAGGAGAA